AUGGGCAGAAGAAAAAUCGAGAUCCAGCCAAUUAAUGACGAGCGGAACAGAACUGUAACGUUCGUGAAGCGAAAAGCCGGGCUGUUCAAGAAGGCCCACGAGCUGUCGAUUCUUUGUAAGGUUGACAUCGCCGUGAUCAUCAUCGGCCACAACCACAAGGUGUACGAAUAUUCGUCCAACGACCCGCAGGCGGUGAUAGAGAAGUACCAGCAGUCUGGACAGACCCAGGAGUCGAAAAGACCGCAAGACUAUGGCAAUUACAAGCUAGUUUCCAGAGUCUCGACCAAGAAGGGAGCCAGAACCGACAACAGACACGUGAAGCAGGAGUCUGUGGACGAGGACAUAUCGGACGACCCGAACCACUCUGAAAUGGACGGAGAAGAGGAUGACGACGCAGACUAUGAGGAAACUCCUACUAAGAAACGCAAGCUCUCCAGAUCAGUGUCGUCUGAGGAUCGUCCGCGAAGACCAGCUUUUGUGCCGCCCAAAGAGACAGCCGCGGUACAGCUGAACUCCAAGCUGUCCAAGCGGCCGCUGCUGAGCUUGCAGAUUCCUAGCAACGACAGAUCGAACUCCGAUAGCGACAUCACGGUGACAGCCAUGGAAUCGGGUCAGCUGAACGAGAACAAGAACGGUGCAGACUCUGGCGCCGCGCGUGCGCGGACGUCGCCAAACGCGAAAAAAGUCAGCAUUGCGGCCACCCCCACGUCCAACACGUUCCUGCCAGGACUCAACAUCAUGACCCAGCAGAACGCCCAGAACCCGCUAGACCAGACCAACUCCUCCAACAAAUCGACUCCUGUGUCGGCGACGCUGCCCCACGGGCUGUUCUCCUCGCUCCCGCAAAUGUCGCCGACGCAGAUCCUCCCGACUCCGAUCUUUCCCCUGGGUCCGCAACAACAGCAACUGAUGCAGCAGCAGAACUUUGCACCCUACAGCGCCAAAUUUCCACCAAAAUCGUCCACGGGGCCGCCUCCGUUCUUCAAUUACACGGGAGACACCCCUGUGCUCCCUUCGGGGCUCUCGUCGCGGUAUCUGGACAUGUUUCCCUCGCCUAAUGUAUAUUAUAGCCAGGACUGGCCUAUGCCGAUGGGGACAGGAAAUCAGCCCGUGCAGAACCCAGGAGGCCCGCCAGGACCGGGUUCCAACGGCCAGCCCGGCCACCACGUGCCGCAGCAGCUGAACCAGCAACAGGAAGGCGCCAAUAACGGCGACUCUGGACAAAAGGGCGGCCCUACUUCGUCGUCUGGCACCGCGUACGGGGGGCCGACAAGCAGCAGCGGCACACAGGGCCAGGAGGGGAACUUCUCCACGCUGACGAGCCCGCUACAAGUUAUCGGCUCGGCGAUCUACAACCAGGCUGCCCAGGCCGCGCAGGCUGCCGAGCGACGAGAGGAAGACAAAUGA